ACUAGUCGUUUAUACGAUGACGCGCACGGAAGAGAAUAUUUUACCCUUUACUUCAAACAAUUCUCAGUUUUUAUAUGUACCAACAUGCGAAAGUGUACCUAGACCGCCACCUAAAAUAUAUCAAACUACUCGAGAUGAAAAGCGCCAGCUCGACUUUCUAGGCCGCCUUGAACAAAAGCUUGCACAAUACAAUGCGUCUGAAAGUAUUUGGAAGCGUUGGUUAUUCGAAAUUAUUAGCGUAACAACAAGCGCAGUCUGUAUAGGCGCGAUUAUUGGACUACUAUAUCACGUGAACAAUAAAUCUCUCAACGUUUGGGCUCCAGCCCUGACCGUAAUUACAAUUCUCUCAAAAGUGGCAUCGGCGGCUCUUAUUUUACCUAUAUCAGAAGCGAUUGGACAGCUAAAAUGGACUUGGUUUUAUGGUAAAAAGUCAAGAGAUGCAUUUGAUUUUGAGAUCUUCGAUAAAGCAUCACGUGGUGUAUGGGGCUCUAUUAUGCUUCUAUGUCGUACAAAGGGCAGGUCUCUUGCUGCGUUAGGUGCUCUUUUAACAAUCCUUCUAUUGGCGAUCGACACCUUUUUCCAGCAAGUGACCGAUUUGCCAGAGCGAUGGAAACUCGAGGGCGAAAGCUUCAUCCCACGUAUUGCCCAAUACAAACCCAUUGUCGAAUUUCAAUUCGAUGACGAAAGUGCUGAUCCUUUGGCUGUAACCAACAACGAAUUAAGGAGGGGGAUUGGACCUUUUUUCUACGAUCAGAACGGGACCCGUCCGCUUGCAAUCGGCGACGCUACAUAUGCCGAAAUACCGCUUGUGUGUCCGACGGGUAGAUGCGAAUGGCCAUCAUAUGAGACCUUGGCGGUUUGCAGCGCUUGCGAAGAUGUCUCACACCUUCUUGAAUACGCUUGUCUUACGACAAAGAUGGACUGGAUCAGGAAUGCGAAAGGCCCUAAUUUGAAUAUCUCCACACCUCGAGACACUGCUUGUGGCUACUUUCUAAACGCAACUAGCGAUGAUCCGGUCCUCAUGUCAGGCUUUCGAGUUUCCAAUCUCACCGAUCCUGUUCCGGGCGAGACGCUUCUAAUGCGCACUUUACCGUUGGUCACCAAUAUGUUCAGACAGCCUCUCUAUGGCAGCGCAACUAUCAAUUUCGAACACAUUCAAUAUCGCAUACUCGAUGCGAUUAUUGUGAGCUCAGUAGACGGCACGGCGGAUAGCGUCUACGAAAAAAAGCGACCUGUUGCUCAGGAAUGUAUGAUGACGUGGUGCGUUAAGACCCUGCGCUCCUCAUAUCAGGAUGGGGACUAUCGAGAAGAAGUACAAGGCGUUUUCAUAAACACUACAAAAGCAGAAUUUCCAUGGUUGGCAAAAAACGAUUUCGAAUCAAGAUCGACUUACCAGGAGUUCCAAGCGAAUAUCGUCAUACAGCCCCCUUCAGUCACUGGGAACAAGACUACCUUUGGGGUUUCGAAUGAAACAUUCUUCGAUCUCGCCAUCAUUCUGGAUGAAAUUUUUCCAUCUAUGAUCACGGUUGCUGAACCAACGGCGCCGAAAUUCAUCAAAAUAAUGACUUCUCGCCAAGACAAUGCCUUCUGGCGUUCUGUCACUUUCAGCCCUUGGCUUGCACCGAAUAAUGUUGCUGCUCAUCUAGAACGAAUGGCUCAGGCUAUUACAAACGUAAUAAGAUCCGAUACGGACAGCAACGACCUUAUUCCUGGUAUCUCCCUAGCGCGAGAAACCUAUGUCGUAGUCCAAUGGGGCUGGCUCGCAUUCCCAUUAGCUAUGCUCAUUCUCAGUAUCGUUUUCCUGGUCUCAACAAUCAGGAAAACCUCAAGUGGGGGUUACGAAGAUCUUGGCACAUGGAAGACUUCAGCGAUGCCGGCUUUGAUGUACAGCCUGCCGAAGGACAUACAAGAAGGAGUUGUAUCGACAACUCGCCCGAGGGUGAUGAGAGGUAAACGCGCAAGCAAGGUUCGGAUCAGGCUUUUGCCGAAACAAGGCUGGAGGGUUUCUGGAGAGGUUAUUGCGAGGCCACAGCCUCCACCUGGUUUCUUUUAAUGUACAUAUUUACAUGAUAGACGAUUUACGAUGUAAUGAUUAAUGUUCACACACUCUGAACAAGACAAAGAGACUUUUCAGAUCCU